UAAAUGUAGCUGCGAGUUGCGAGGUGUAGAUAAGCCUUCGAACAGCUGAGCAUUUUGUUGACGUUUAACGUGCAGCGGUAGCUUUUCACAAUUUCAUAAAAAUGCCGCAAAUUACGGAAAAUGGACAGGAUUUUGAUGUGGUCAAAUACUUCCUGCAGCUCCUGGACGAGGACAAGGAUCUGUCCUCUGGCAUUGCAGCCAUCAGGACUCUGCUCAUGAUCCUGGAAAAAAAACAAUUUGGCACCAUUCAUAUUCUACACACAACCAUGAGGGAAGCGGUGGCCGCCAUGCGGAACACGGAUUUGUCUAUAGCAGCAAUUGUGUCCGCCGGAGAGCUCUUUUGCAGGUUCAUCACCCUCAGUUUGGACGAUAAGCACAUGGAGGAGUGCCGCCAGAUUAUGUUGAAUCGCGGAAAAAUCUUCCUCACCAAGCUGCUCAAUUCCCGGCAGGUGAUUGCCCAGCAGGCCCAGAGGUUCAUCACCGAUGGUUGUCGUAUAUUGACGCACUCCCGAUCCCGGGUGGUCCUCAAGGCGUUGAUUACAGCGUCGCAGAACAAAAAGUCCUUCCACGUAUAUGUGACGCAGGGAGGCACAGGGAACUCUGGCGAAGAGAUGGUUAAGGACCUGCAUGCGGCCGGGAUCGACUGCACUCUCAUCCUGGACUCAGCCACCGGCUAUGUUAUGGAGUCAGUGGACUUCGUGCUCGUGGGUGCUGAAGCCGUGGUGGAGAGUGGUGGCAUCAUAAACCGCAUUGGCACCUACACCAUGGGCCUGUGCGCCCGUGAGAUGAAGAAACCUUUCUACGUUCUGGCCGAGAGCUUUAAGUUCAGUCGCCUGUAUCCACUCAAUCAGCGGGAUCUUCCAAAUGAGUACAAGUACUCCCGCAAACACCUGAACGAUGUGAGCAAAGUGCACCCGCUGGUCGACUAUACGCCACCCGUCUACAUUACCCUGCUCUUCACCGACCUCGGAAGACUAACACCCUCGGCCGUGAGCGACGAGUUAAUCAAACUGUACAUGUAAGGGCGAAUAAAGAAAUUGCACUUAA